AUGAAGGUGCAGAAGAGUGCUCCACAUUACACAGAAGCCGCGUAUGAUGAGAUUGAGCUGCUCGCCGAGGCGGCGAAGCGAAGCAAAGACGUUAACUGGGAGGAGACCCAGAAGGGACCUCUCAAGGAGCUGUUUCCCGAGAAGAACAAUGAGGGCUUCACCGGUGUCGUGCAGCUCAUUGACUACUUUGAGCAUUUUGGCAUUAAUGGCAAGCACGUUUGCAUGGUCUUCGAGACGAUGGGCCCUAACGUGCUGGCCCUGAUCAAGAGGUACAAUUUCAAAGGCAUUCCGCUGGACAUUGUGAGGAAGGUGACCACACACACCUUGAUUGGCUUGGAUUAUUUGCAUCGCAUUUGCGGGAUCAUCCACACGGAUCUGAAGCCCGAGAACGUCUUGGUGGGCUGCCCGCGUGGGGUCCCCGUGAACAAGACGGGCAUCCCGCUGGUGGGUAACAUUGACCCCAGCAUGCGCCUUGGGAUUGAAGUGGCGGAGAUGGAGGAUUACAUGAAGAAGGGUGGCAAGAAAAAAGACAAGGACAAGAAGUUUCAUGAUGAAGGCACCGAUGAGGUGGGUGAGGAGGAGGUGCCCGACCCCACGCAGACCGCUCCGCCCAACGACGAGAAGCCCUUCCUGAAGCCCAGCCGUUCCGAUCCUACGCUUUUGUCUUCCUAUGGCGAUGAUAGCAUUGCUAUGAAUCGACCCUUGUACAACCACGCCAGCAGUUUGAUGAAGGCUGUGCCCCCGGGCGUUCCAGUCCCUGCGCCGAUGCCGCCGAGCUCGUCGCCCGAUGGGGCCAAGCCCGAUUGCAUUGAUGAGAAGCUGCUGGAAGAAGUCUUGAACUUGGACUUGUUCGACCAUGAUGGCGUCACUUACAAGGUGGCUGAUUUGGGCAACGCCUGUUGGGUCGAAAGGCAUUUCUCAGACGACAUCCAGACGCGACAAUACCGCUCUCCGGAGACCAUUAUCAAUGCAGGAUAUGACACUUCAGCUGAUAUUUGGUCACUGGCGUGCAUGGUCUUCGAGCUGGCCACGGGCGAUUAUUUGUUCGACCCGAAGGCCUCGGAUGAAUACCCCCGCGACGAGGACCAUUUGGCCCUCUUUAUUGAGCUCCUCGGGCCAAUGCCUAAGGACCUGAUCAGUCGUGGCAGGCGUUCCACCACGUAUUUCAACCGACGGGGAGAGCUGCGACACAUUAAGUCGCUGCGCUAUUGGCCACUGGCCGAGGUCCUGUUGCAGAAGUACCACAUGCACGCGAUAGAAGCAAGGAGCUUGGCAUCCUUCCUGCUCCCCAUGCUGCUCGGAUGCGAAGGGUUGGGUUUGAAUAUGGUGGUCUCGUUGAAAACCGGGGCCGGGAAGACCUUGGUCGCCGUCAAGGUCAUUGACCACUUCCUGGAGAAAGAGGAGCGGCAUGUGCUCUUUGUGGUGCCCACCAAAGCCUUGGUGAGCCAGCAAGAGAUGGAACGCUGGGACAAAGGCCGUUGGGACGAAUGUCUUCGAAAGAACCGCUUAUUGGUGGGAACUCCUGAAGUGUUCCGGCGAGCGUUGGAUCAGGGUGACUUGGCGGAUGACAGCUAUUUGAGGGCCGAGCAGCUCUCGUUGAUCGUUCUGGAUGAAUGUCAUCAAGCCCGGGGGGAAAGCCCCAUGGCCAAUCUCAUGCGCCUCGUUUCGAAUGCCAAAGAGAAGCCUCAGCCUCGAGUGCUGGGUUUAACUGCAAGCUUCUUCUGUGGAAACAUGAAACGGAAAAGAGAUGCCGAGAAGGCCAAGAUGGAAUCUGAGAUGCAAGGUAAGGGGCGAAGUAGUCUGGUAGGUUUUUCUGACCAUGAGAAUGAGGGCGGGAGGCGCUGUGAACAAAGCUGCAGUAGCUACAAGCACGUAAAGAUUGCAUCGUAG